GCUUUAGAGGCAUUACGGUAGCGCAGCAAACUGUCCCCCCGCAACACACACACACACACACACUCCACACUCGUACGCACACGCACAGCCCUAGUGAUUCAACCCUGAUUACCAGCGAACGAGCAAGCAACAGACGGGAUGCCAAAAAGUGAGGACCGGUGGAGAGGUUAUACGCGCUGAAUAAGCCUCUUGAAUAGAUAGCGGGAGGAAGCAGACGCAACAAAACAAGACGAGAAGCUGCGCGCUUUCUCCGCGGCAACUUGCGCACAGUGCCAGAGUUUUAGCGGCAGUAUUGUUCUGACUUCACUCCAGAGGGGCCACUCCGAGGAGAGAGGACGCACACAAAAGGGAAAAAGGAAAGGACUAACGAGCACGCUUUGUCGUCUAAAGUAAUGGUCCUGCGGUCUUAGAUCCUAGAUUUCUCUGUCUCUCUCUCUCUCUCCUCUCUGUUUCUUUCCAUUUUUUUUUUUAUUUUAAUUUUUUCGUCCCGUCGGUUUGUGUCCCCUUUGUCGCCGCGAGAGAGUGGACGCGCCGGGGGUUUGAGGAGCAGAAGCGGGCUGUCCACAUGGUCCAACCACUGGCGUGAAAGUUGACUUCUUCAGAAAACAAGAGAACAGGUGCCAGUGAUGAUGGUGGAAUCAGCCUCUGAGACCAUUCGAACGACGCCGUCCAACCAGAACGGAGUCAGCAGCCUCAGCAGCCAAUCAGAUGGAGGGGGAGGUAGAGAGGGCGGGUCUAACGGAGACACCAACGGAGAGAUCAGUCCAGUCGACUUACUGCACCUGCAGCAACAACAGGCGCUCCAGGCAGCCAGACAGUUCCUCCUCCAGCAGGCCUCUGGACUCAACUCCCCUGGCAGCAACGAGGUCAAACAGAGCCCUGUGCAGGUGCCUGUGUCCAUGGCGAUGAUGAGUCCACAGAUGAUCACUCCUCAGCAGAUGCAACAGAUCUUGUCUCCCCCUCAGCUCCAGGCCCUGCUGCAGCAACAGCAGGCUUUAAUGCUACAGCAGUUACAGGAGUACUACAAGAAGCAGCAGGAGCAGUUGCAUCUCCAGCUUCUGACUCAGCAGCAGCAGCAGCAGCAGCAACAGCAGCAGCAACAGCAGCAGCAGGCUGGGAAGCAAGCGGCAAAAGAGCAAAUAGGCAGUAAGCAGUUGGCCUUCCAGCAGCAGUUGAUCCAGAUGCAGCAGCUUCAGCAGCAGCACAUCCUCAACCUCCAGAGACAAGGCCUGGUCCCACUGCAGCCCACCGCCGCCAUGCAGUCUCUGCAGCAAGCGAUGUGUCCGUCAGACCUCCAGCAGCUGUGGAAGGAGGUGUCGGGGGUGCCAAGCAGUGAGGAGGCCCUGAAACAGGCCGAGGGCCUGGACUUGAGCACCAACAGCUCCAAUUCUACCUCAGCCUUCCCCAAAGCUGCCAGCGCUCACAUCCCACUGCACAGCCUGCCCAACGGACAGAGCCACACCCCAAAGAGAGACAGAGCCAGACUGUUUGAGUGGAUAUCCUCCUUCACCAAGGCAGACAGCGGAGAUGACCAUGUCCCCCUUUACUCCAAAGGCAGUCAACCCCCCAGCAGCCAUCAUGAGGAACAUGCUGGCUCCCAUCCUCUCUACGGCCAUGGAGAGUGUAAGUGGCCUGGCUGUGAAGCACUGUGUGAGGACAUGGGACAGUUCAUCAAGCACUUGAACAAUGAGCACGCCCUAGAUGACCGCAGCACUGCUCAGUGCCGAGUCCAGAUGCAGGUGGUUCAGCAGCUGGAGAUACAGCUGGCGAAAGAGAGUGAGCGACUCCAGGCCAUGAUGACCCACCUGCACAUGCGCCCUUCAGAGCCAAAGCCUUUUAACCAACCUCUGAACCUGGCUUCCAGCGGCUCUCUGUUAAAGCGGGACAGCGAUGCCUACCCAGAGGGUCUUCCCCACCCGCCCACCUCGGCUGCCACCCCCAUCACCCCACUGCGCCAGGGACCCUCGGUCAUCAGCUCCUCAAGCCUGCACACACACUCCCACUCCCACACGCACGCUGUCGGGCCCAUUCGUAGGCGCAACUCCGACAAGUAUUGCACCCCCAUCGCCUCAGAGCUGGCUCAGAACUGUGAGUUCUAUAAGAACGCUGAUGUCAGGCCUCCCUUUACCUACGCCUCUCUUAUACGUCAUGCCAUUCUGGAGUCUCCAGACAGACAGUUGACUCUCAAUGAAAUCUACAACUGGUUUACGCGAAAGUUUGCCUAUUUCAGGAGAAACACAGCCACAUGGAAGAAUGCCGUGCGUCACAACCUGAGUCUGCACAAGUGUUUUGUUCGUGUUGAGAACGUGAAGGGGGCCGUGUGGACUGUGGAUGAAGUUGAAUACCAAAAGAGGAGACCACCAAAGAUGACCGGAAGUCCCACUCUGGUGAAAAACAUGAUUUCAGGCCUGGGCUUUGGAUCCCUAAACGCCAGCUACCAGGCAGCUCUGGCAGAGAGCAGUCUGUCCUUGCUAAACAGCCCUCCCCUGGUGACCCCUCCGUCUGCGGCCAGCCUCAACAUGCUGCAUGUGGGCCACGAUGAUGUCAGCUCCACUGUGGAGCAGGUCAACAGCAACGGCAGCUGCAGCCCCACGCUCAGCCCUCAACAGUACAGCCACCCGGUGCAUGUGAAGGAGGAGCCCACUGAGUUGGAGGAGGACAGUCGGCCAGUUUCCCUCCUGGCCGGCAUCACACACAGCCUGCCAUUGCCGAGCGACGAGCGCGAUCUGGAGGAGGAUCUUCCCACCGAGGAGCUGGAGUAGGACAGAUCCGCGACGCACCAGAGGGACGGGACAUAGCGAGACGAAUCCCAGAGCCCUCUCGUCAGUGUGAAGAGGAAAAGAUAGCUACAGUACACUUACAAGAAAAGAGAGAAGAGAGAAAAAAGAGAAUGUUUUUUUUCUUUUGUUUUGUUUUUAUGAAAAUGCAAGCAACCAAGGACGACAUUGAGAAACUCCAAACAGGGUUAGAUGACCUCCGUUACUUUCAGACGCAAAAACAAGACUGUGGAGCACUGCUUUUACCUCCAUGUGUUUCUUUUCCAACACUUGGCUCAGAGGUGUAACACCACUUAAUGCAUACACACUCACACAAACACGCACACAGACACACCCAUUCACUUGUCAAACCAUGUUUCGUUCUCCUCCCUGGUAACAUCAGCCUCCAUGUAGAGACCCCUAGAGGCGUGGACACACACUCCCCCCCCCCCCCCCCCCCCCUCACUGUUGUCUCGGGCUGCCUGGCUAGCCGUUUUGUGUCUAAUCAUCAGUUGAGAAGACGGACAGGUGUUUUUUUGUGUGGGUGUUAGAAAGAAAAAGACACACAGGAUCAUGUGUAUAUAGAUUUGGAGCAGUCAUCAGGGGCUGUGCAGUAUACCUCUCCUCCCCCCCCUCCCCCUCUUUGAGUCAAUCACUUGCUUUUUCGUUUUCUUUGAUUUGAUCGAGAUUAAACUGUUGGGCUUCGAGAUGGGAAGGAAGAAAGGAAGGAAGGAAAGAAGGAAGGAAGGAAGGAAGGAAGGAAGAAAGGAAGAGUGCUUUUAAAGAUUACCUCCAACAGGGCUCCAACACUUCUGCGGAUCUGGCUCCUGUCUUCACGUCUGUGUGUGUGAGCCCACGGCGAGGCAGCGCGGCCCUGGUCCCUGCCCAAACUUCUACCCCCCCAGCGAGACACUUAGUGACAGACAUCUUUUAAACUCUUUGCUUCUAAGUGAGAAAAAAAGAAGACAUUUUCCUACCCACCUCCAUCCCAUCCCACCUCACCCCCCACCUCACCCCCCCCCCCCCCCAAAAAAAGAUUGCAGGAAUAGGACCAUUUGGUGCUGUCCUUCUCCUCUCCUCCGUGUGCGAAUGGAGGGAUGAGCUUGGAACACUUUAAGAACGAGAAGAAAAGAGAGGGAGCAGAGAGAAAAGAGGGAGGAAGCAUCUACAGAAAUAUUGUGACUAAAAAAAAGAAAAAUCUUGAUGAUUAUGGAAUAUAACAAGAAAAAAAACGUGUGGUAGCUUUUGUCAUUUCCUUUUCUUUUUUUUUUAUUUGAUGUUAUGUUGAUGAUGUUAUUAUCAUUGUUUAUUUUUGAGGAUCAAUAUUUCCACGGUGGCGUUCUGUUUCGACAUACCUUUUCUAACGAUGCUGUUUUUGUUUUUGUAUUGUAAUUUGUUUGAUUUACUCUGGUUGUUCACACCAUUCCAAAUAAGUAUUGGCAAAAAAAAAAAAAAAAAAGAAAAGAAAGAAAAGAAAGCGCAGUAUUGUCCCAACUUGUGAUACCUGACCCCAACUCCUGCCCCUCUCCCUUUCUGUCCCAAGUGUAGCAGGCAAGAAAUUUGGAAAUAGCACUUAAAAGUUGCCAUUAUCCAGACAGAUUAUUUAACAGUUGAAUCUUUUUGUGUUAAUUCUCUCUCAUUCACUUGUUUUCGGUUGUGUAUUUAGUUGAGAAAUAUCAGUAAUGCUUUAAAAAAAUAUAUAUUAUUACUGCAGUCAGAGAAUACCUCAUCCCACAAAGGUUCCACCUGGAACUGUGUCCAAAUUGAUUAAGAAAUAAGGGGGAAAUCUUUCUGUGGGACACCAAAUGUGGCAACUCUGCUCAGCUUCAGAUUCAAAGCUCUAUGGUUGUAAUAGUUACUGUGUAGAAGCUAUCUGCAAUUCACUGUGUGAGUUUGUGUUAAAGGAAUAGCACGUGAGAUUUAUUUUUUUGUUUGUUUUCCGUGAGCAUAAAAGCAUUACUUUUCUCUACAGUGCCAUACCAAAUUUAACAUUUAUUUUAAUCUGUUAUCUGCUUAUUCCCAUUUUAUUUUUGUUACAGGUAACCAAAGAAAUAAGUAGAAAACCAAAAACCCUGUAGUUUAUUUAGCCCUUUUUGAGUAUCUUUUUUUUUUUUUCUUCUUGAAGAACUGGCCAAAAGACAACAAACCAGGAGUUUGAAUUCUUAUUAUUGUAUUCAUAUAACUAUUGUGUUGAAAUUAUACAUGACUUACAGUGCUGACCAUUCCAAAAACCAAAGUGUGUAAAGCAAACUAGAAUUUGGAGACAUCAAAGCUUUUACAUGAUAAGUGGUUACGAAUGACUCACAUUAGGUAUAAGGCCAAAAAACUAGUAUUAACAAACCUCGCACAGUUCCUCUGAAAAACAAAAAGAAAGAGAAAAGAAAAAAGCACUUAGAGGUGAAACUCUCCCACACUCAGGCUAAACUGUGUUCCAAACACAAUCCUAGGACUGGCCCUACUACUGUACGAGCAGACCUAAAGACGAGGCACUCGUGAGGCAUUUGGACACGUGUACCUCUACAAUCUGAGAUGCCAACAAAAAGAGAGGUUAAACAGAAUGAAAACAUUCGGCUCUGUUGAAACACCUGGCUUUACAAGAUAUUUUCUGGUGCUGUUGUAACAAAAGAAAUGUUCACUCUAUAGGAAACAAACAUGCCCUCUUGAUGUGUGUGUAGUAUUUACAGGAAGAGGAAGUCUACUGUAAUGUGGUUACAAAAGUCACAUCUUUGAACAGGGAGCAGUAAAUCCAAAUAUCUAUGAAUAUUACAACAAAGAGGGAACAACUAAAAACAAUGAAAAUAUACCAAUGUAAGAGGAAAAACAACCAAGGGACAUCAUGUAAUUCACAGUUGGGUUCAUAUUUUCAUACUUUUUGUCAAACUAUCUCUUGCACUUCAGACAAGUUUUCUUAUUUAAUGAAAGAACCUUUCUGAUGACUUUGUGUUCAAACAGGACUGUUUCCUGUCACAUUAGAGACUGAUUUCUAACAAAGUACAAAGUGGCAGACAGACAUCUUGAAACGAGAUAAAAACCAAAAAUAACACUACCUCCUUUUCGAAACAGUUCAACACAUAGCCAAUGGGAGACUGAACUCUCUUAAAUACUUUUUUUUCCUCCAUUCUUCCUCGAUGAUAAUAAUGGAUGCCAAAAUUGUGUUACACUUACUGUAUGACUGACGAACAACAAAAAAAAAAAAAAAAAAGCUAUUUGGUGAUCCGGACUCCCCAACACAUCUGCUUGAGCCCAAAAACAUAGAGACGUUUCACUUUCCAUGGAUUUAAAAAUGACUACCUCUCCUUAAACCACAUCUAAAGCACUCUCUAUGUCUUGAAGUGUGUUGUGAAGUGCUCGCUAUAUAUGAGAAGUUUUCUAUCAGCUGUGUAAAACUGACCAUAUUCCUGCAACCGAUUAGCACUGAGCUAUGUGAACAGCCUCUCAACUGUGUGCGUUGACUGUACGUGUGCAUAUUAAUGAUCUCAGCCGAUGAGAAACUGGUCGUUAAUGGCUAUGUGGUGUUGCAGGGAGCUGGUUGUCAGGGGUAAUGAUGGGCAGAAUAUAUCAGUGCCACCAGGACACACAUAUACACACUCACACACACACACACACAUAUACACACGCACACACGCACACGCACACACAUAGAGGAAGCAUAGAAGCAGGGCUAUGGGUUAGUGCAAACAGAGGCUCUGACCAUCCAGAUAUCCAAAGACCCACAACACAGCAGUACCCCCUUCACCAAAACACUCACAGAGACGCUGAGAAGAGCAACACACACUUAAUGAAACUCAUCACUACUACUAGUAAUAUCCAAACCAAGAGGAACUGCUGCAUACAGUACAUAGAUGAUCUCUGACCUGUGCUUUAAGGUACACCUGUAAACAAAGCUGUUUUAUAAAGAUGUAGAUUGUUCACAGGUCGCCAUGUAACACUUCUGUUUUUUCUCCAGCUUGGCAUAACAUGAUGUAUUCUUGUAUAUUAAUGCUUCACUUAUCUCUCCAGGGCAUUCUUUCCCAUUUUGUCCUUUGAUUUUUCUCUUCUUUUUUGGGGUUUUUUUUUUUUUUUUUCCUCUCUGCACCUGUUUAGCUAUUGUAAAGCUUUCAGCUCUGAUUCCUAUACUGUACUGCUAAUGCUGAAGUAUAUGUAUUUAUCAUAUUAAGUGCUGCAGGUAUCUUGGUUUAAUAGUUUUGUUUUUGUUUUGUUUGUUUCCAUUUUUUCAGUUCUUCAUAAAACGUCUGGGACGCUGAUUUUUUAAGUGUAUUAUCUCUAAAAAAAAAUUAAAAGAAUAAAAGUUAGAUAAGUGGUUUAGGUAACACCUGUUUGUAUAUUUAUCUUAGCUAGGUCUAUUUUGAUACUUUUUUGUCUCUGUACUGCAUUUAUGCAUUUUUAAGGAAAGAAAAAAAACAAAUGGAAAACAAACUAAAAAGUUACUUCAUUAUGUAUUGAUACCUCAGAAGGACUUUUUCUCAAAGACAGGACCAAAACCUCCAAAAAGAAAAAGAGAAAGAGGAAAAAAUGUAAGAAUAUGUAGCCCCUCUCUUGCUUUAAAAAAUGCAGAGCUCUAGAAAGGUAUUACUGUUGGUCCUUUCAGGUGCCAAUAAGUGUCCCAGCUCCCUGUGACCCCUCCCUCUGAUCCCUGACCCCUGUCAUUCCUGUGCUGAACUCCGACCCCCAGAGCUGUCAAUCAUCUGCAGGCGCCAUGGGGGUGUCACUGAGUCACACACCUGGCUGGUGGUGACCAGUCACAGACCUCAUCUCCCAGUCCCAUGAAGGCAGAUCAAAGACUGACACUGUUGCAUUUUUGAUACUCCUCCUCUUGCGUAGUCUCAAUACCAAAAUGUGGAACGGCUCUCAGAGAUGCAGCUCAUCCUCUGACUACCAAAGGCAUUGCGAGCAAACAUUGCUUAGUCCAAACUCCUGAACUCUAACCAAACUGUAACCAAACCAAUGCCACAACCUUAACCAAACAAAAACCAAGCUACUUCCAAAACUCUCCAUCGACUUCACUGAUCACCUUUACUGGUAGCUGUUAUCUCUCGUACAUCCACGUAUUGAUGUUGUAGGACCAGUCUGCAUCCUAUUGGCUGGCGAGUGACUCAAAGGACGCAGGUAGCCCAAAUCCUGAUGUGUGAUUGGACAGUUCUGAGGUGUCACGUGAGGGGGAAGGGACUCUCAAAGUGGAGCAUUGCCUGACGGUAUUAUCAAGUAGACAGCCAGAAUCCAAUGGAACUACCACUUCAGCUCUCCUCUGGUUAAACCUUAGGAAUGUGUGUACAUUUUCAGCAGUGACUCUCUGUAUUGUUUCUUAGUUUCAGUUUACCUGCUUACCUCUCUUUAUCCUUUGGUUUUUGUUCUGUUUCUUGUUAUUUGAAAGUGUGACCCGAGGAAGAGGCGGGGACAGGGACUGGGUGGUGGCUUUAGACAGACAGUGGAGCCCAGCCCUCUGACCCUCCACCCCGGGUAGCCAUGUAAUGCCAGUCACUGCCCUUUCCUUCAUGCUGUAUAAAAACACACACAUAUAUCUGUGUAUUUGUAACCUGAAUCUUCUUGUGUCUGUCCAUGCAGACAAUAAAAAAACUGUACAGUAGGUCUAGUUGCAUGUAAUCUGUACUAAUUAUUGACAAUGGCAUUAUAAAAUGCAAUAAAAUACUUAUUACACUGUC